GUGUUAGCAGUCACAGAAAGGCUGGGGUUGGAAGGGACCUUAUGGACCAUCCAGUUCCAUUCAGUAUUGUGCUGCUUCAGAGCCAUAUCCGAAAGCCUGUGACAUUGAAAUGAUCAGACUGCAGACUUGGGCACGGGAGAACUCGAAGUAGCAAAAAACAAAAUUAAAAGACCUCUGGCUGGUUCUUCCACUGCACGUUUUGGCACAGAAUUUGCUCCUCAGGACUGGUCACCUUCUUUGAAAGUGGAGCAGACACGAACCACUCGCCCCGAGCUGCCUGCAGUGCCUUGAAGCUGUUUGUGGGUGGCCUGGACUGGAGCACGACACAAGAAACUCUUCGUAGCUACUUCUCCCAGUAUGGAGAAGUUGUAGACUGUGUAAUAAUGAAAGACAAAACAACAAAUCAAUCUCGAGGAUUUGGAUUUGUCAAAUUUAAAGAUCCCAACUGUGUGGGAACAGUGCUGGCCAGCAGACCUCACACGUUAGAUGGCCGAAAUAUUGAUCCAAAGCCAUGUACACCUCGGGGGAUGCAGCCAGAACGGACACGACCGAAGGAAGGAUGGCAGAAAGGAUCCAGGAGCGAUAACAAUAAAUCCAAUAAGAUUUUUGUUGGUGGGAUUCCUCACAACUGUGGCGAGACAGAGCUCAGGGAAUACUUCAAGAAGUUCGGAGUGGUCACUGAAGUUGUAAUGAUCUAUGACGCAGAGAAACAGAGGCCCCGAGGUUUUGGAUUUAUUACUUUCGAGGACGAACAAUCAGUGGACCAGGCUGUCAACAUGCAUUUUCACGACAUCAUGGGCAAAAAAGUGGAGGUGAAACGCGCCGAGCCUCGGGACAGCAAGAGCCAGACUGCGGGGCCGCCGGGGGCCAGCCAGUGGGGGAGCAGGAUCAUGCCAAGUGCUGCCAACGGCUGGGCAGGGCAGCCCCCUCCGACCUGGCAGCAGGGAUACGGCCCACAAGGGAUGUGGGUGCCAGCUGGACAGGCAAUUGGUGGAUAUGGACCCCCUCCUCCGGGCAGAGGAGCUCCUCCCCCUCCACCUCCAUUUACCUCAUACAUAGUCUCCACACCCCCCGGGGGAUUCCCACCUCCACAAGGAUUUCCACAGGGCUAUGGCACCCCUCCACCAUUUAGUUUUGGUUAUGGUGCUCCACCUCCUCCACCUGACCAGUUUGCCCCCCCUGGGGUCCCUCCUCCACCUGCCACUCCAGGGGCAGCACCACUCGCUUUUCCUCCACCACCACCACCAUCUCAGGCAACUCAGGACAUGAGCAAACCCCCGACUGCUCAGCCAGAAUUCCCUUACAGUCAGUUUGACUUUGAGAUUGGAGAGCAGACUUCAAGAGUGAGAGCAGCAUCGAGAGGCAGGCAGUGCAGGUGGUAUGGACAGGACUUGAGCGGGUUUGGACAAGGUUUCUCUGAUCCCAGCCAGCAGCCCCCUCCCUACGGAGGCCCCUCGGUGCAGCCCUCCAGCGGCCCCCCAGCCGGAGGCAGCGGCUUCGGCCGGGGCCAGAACCACAACGUGCAAGGAUUCCACCCCUACCGGCGCUAGCCUGGGCUGGCAAUCAGGGAGUGCUGUCCACAGGGAUCUCUGGGACCAGCUGAACCCCGGGAUCCCAGACUUCUGAACUUGUGACAAUCACAUACUUGAUGGAAGAAAAACCUAACAACAAUUUUUUUUGGGGGGUGGGGGCAGAUGGCUUCUGAAGGCAGAGCUGUGGGUGUUUGGACUGCAGUUUUUAAAGAUUUUUUUCCUUUCUCUAACCCAUCAGCACAAAUAAAGAAAAUGUCACUGGUUCAAACUACAGGGUUUUAAAAAUGUCUUCAGCUUUAAUUCAAAACUUCAGGUUUCUUUUUUUUGAAAUUAUUUUUCCUGAGCCUUUGUUUUACCGUAUAUUGUAAACUUUUAUGUUUAAAAGAAAAAAAAAAAUAUAUACAUUUACAGAUUGUGAAAUUUUUAAGAGAAAUUUUCUACUAUGUAUGCUGGCUUAUUUUUUAAUUUAAAACAGGGUUUCCGUGAGCGCUGUCGGGGGGAAGGGGGGAGGGCUCCAGCCCCUCCCUCCCUGCCCAGGGCAGCGCUGGGGCGGAGGGAUCCGAAACUCUGGGAGUUGACAGAAAUCUACUGAGUGUAUUUUGCUGUUGUUGUGGGGGGGGCAGAGCUGGGCCAGGGCAGGGGCAGGACCCGUGGACACGCAGAGGCCCUGGUGGGUCUGGGCCUCCCUCGGGCCUCGGCGGGGUGUAGAUUUCCCUCAGGCAAAAGGUUUCGGUGCGUUGGGCACUGGAGUGCUGAGCCCUGGUUUGAAUAAAGACAAGAACCUUUGGAUUAGAAACACCAA